CACAGGCUUUCUUGAGCAAACACUCUUCUGCUGUCCAGGAUCCCAGCCAAGAAAACUAUUCCAUCUCUUAUCAUGGAUUCCAAGGCUGUGGUUGCAUUUUUGGCUCUUCUCUUGGUCUCUGCAACACUGACAAAAGGAGCUUCAGUGGCCCGGGUAGGGCUUGAACUUCGGUGUCAAUGUAUAGAAACCUAUUCUAAUCCCAACCUCCGUGGACACAUUGCAAGUGUCAACUUGAUCAAUAGUGGGCCACAUUGUAGUAACAUUCAGGUUAUUGCAACUCUUAAGGAUGGCAGACAAGUGUGCUUGGACCCCACUGCACUCUGGGUGAAAAAAGUCAUCACAAAACUUCUGGAAAAGGCUAAGAGCAAUGCGGAAGCACAGUCAUAAGAAAAGCUUCAAGUUAUCUCAAUGUUGGCAUCCUUAAAAGAAGCUGAGCCAUUUCCAACAAACCUACAUUUUAAGAAGAAUCUUUUAUAUUAACAAUUGUGAAAAAUUAUUUAUUAUAUAAUUUCAUUAAGAGAAAAU